UCUUUCUAACAGCUGUCCCUCCGGCUUGGGUUAUUUUAUUUAUUAUUAGCAAUCAAUCAUUAAUAUUAGCAAUGUUGGUUGUGGACAGUUAGACGCAGCGGAAGAGUCAGAGAAUUAAAUGUGAAAACAGUCAGCAGUUGGCCGCAUUCUAUACCAGCACCGGACAGAUCUCUCAGCGAGUGGAUGCUACGUCGCACAGCCUGGCUGGGACACAUCUAUCGUCGUACCGCCGCAUACGGAAGCCCCCAUGCGGUACAGAGCCCCUUCAACGUCAUGAGUAAAUGCUGCUGCACCGCCACCACCACCACGACGAUCACAACACCCGUUCCGAAUCCCUCGCCGCCACGCCACAACAGUUUACUGACCCUGAACGGGGGCAAGAGUAUGGCCACCGGCCGUACUCCCGAGGCGCCGUCGCCCCACAUUGUGGUCACAGCCGAGACGCGAGCGCGAAUCGAGCAGCGUCAGCGGACGGCCUUUGACUUCUUCGACGAGACCCUGCAGCUGUAUGGCGUGGAGGAGCUCAUAUUCUGCUUUAACGGCGGCAAGGACUGCACCGUGCUGCUGGACCUGCUGAUGCGCUAUUGCCGCCAGCAGGGCAUCAGCAGUCGGGACAUACCCAUGCUGUACAUCAAGUCGGACGACGCCUUUGCGGAGAUCGACGAGUUUGUGGCGCGCUGCGUGCAGCACUACGACGUCCAGCUGAUCGAGUACGAAGAGUCGCUAAAGGAGGCCCUCACCCACAUGUCGGCGGAUAUGCCGCGCAUCAAGGGCGUAUUUGUGGGCAGCCGAAACACGGAUCCCUACUGCGAGCACCUCGCACCCAUGCAGCCCACGGACAAUGGCUGGCCGCCUAUGAUGCGGCUGAACCCGCUUCUGGAGUGGUCCUACCAUGACGUCUGGCACUACAUUCAUUUGAACUGCGUGGCCUACUGCCCGCUGUAUGACAAGGGAUACACCUCCAUUGGCUACAGGUCCAACACGGUGCCCAAUCCGCAUUUGAAACGCCUCGACUCGUGCAGCAGCAGCAGCAGCCCCUGCAGCGGGACACCGGGCGACUUUCGACCUGCAUGGGAGCUGGCCGAUCCCACAACGGAGCGGGCCGGGCGCCUGCCGCGAAAGUAGGCCUCAGGGUGACAGAGUAAAAGUGCCUCAGCGAGUCAGUCGGUGGUGUAGAACAAUACCUGUAUACCUUUAAAAUUAGUUAGUCACAAAUUGUAUAUAUAUAUAUAUAUGGGUGUCUGGGUGCAUCGGCUAUUGACGAUCUACAAAUAUAAAUUUAGUUUUUUUAUA